AUGGCAAGUUCGCUCGAAAAAGCUGAUGUAUUAGUUCGAGAAUGUGAAGAACUGAAUCGUCUAGUAACAUCGAUCAAAAACCAUAUUGAUGAAAGUGUUGCGUCGGUUGCAAAUGAUUUAAAUGAGUGGAAACAAUUGAAAAGUAAUCUAUCAAAAACAAUCGUGCGUGGAAAGGUUCUACUGGAUGUUGGAGGACGUGAAUUUUCAACAACAGUUGAUACAUUGACCAACGAAAAGGAUACAUUUUUUACGGCACUUUUCUCUUGUCAAUGGGAACUAGAAAAAGACGAAAGAGGGCGUAUCUUUAUUGAUAGAAGUGGUGAUUUAUUUGCUGAAGUUUUGGAAUAUAUGCGAAAUCCAACUGAAUUUGUUUUGGUUGACGAACGUUUGCGACAACGCCUGAUAAAUGAAGCAAGAUUUUAUAAAUUGAAUAAUCUAGUUGAAAUUUUGACGGAACCCGCAAGGAGGGCAGAAGAAGAGAGACAAAAAGUGAAAUUUGAGAAUACAACUCUUUUAAACAUUGAACAACAACAAAAACUAAAUGAAUUUUACGAUACAAAUGAUCAACGAUGGCAGCUUAUUUACAAAGGAACCAGAGACGGAUUUGACGCGAAUGCAUUUCAUCGUCUGUGCGAUAAUCAAGGACCAACAAUCACUGUCGUGAGAUCAACAGGUGGUUAUUUAUUUGGCGGUUAUGCUUCACAAAGUUGGACUUCAACAAAUGGGUAUACGAAUGCUUUAAAUUCCUUUCUCUUCCUAUUAACGAAUGCGAAUGGAAGCCAACCCACGAAAUUUCUUUACAAUAGUAAUGUAAACGGUUUGUAUGGAAAGGAUGGUUACGGGCCAACAUUUGGUGGGGGCCAUGACUUGCAUAUUAGCAGCGGCAGUAACACAAAUACUAAUAGCUACUGUAAUCUUGGCAAUAGUUAUCCGAACACACUUAGCCUUGGUCAGAAUACAUUUACUGGUGCCCGAGCUUUUCAAACAAAUGAAAUCGAAGUUUUCAAACUGACACCACAAUAG